AUGGAGCCUUUCAAGAACAUAUAUCACCUCCGGAAAGUGGCACAGUCUAAUUCCAAGCCAUGUGCUUUUUGCUACAAAAUAACUGGCUCUGUGCUGAUUACAAGUGAUGGAUCUAGUGACUUCUUUUAUACCUGUGAUAGCCAUUUAAAAGAUGCAGCUUUUGCCACACCUAUUUAUGACAAGGAAUAUAACGAAGCUAAAGCCAAGAAGGAAGCUCUUGAUAAAGAAAUUAAAGAGUUGAAAUUGAAAUGGGACGAGAAGAAUAGGUAUGCUGGUUGGGAUAAACUAGUUUCAAAAUUUAGCUCUACAAAGAAAGAUGGAAAAGAUGAUGACAAGAAGGAUGAAAAGGAUUCAACCUCUAAAUCUGAAGAGACUCAAAUCAAGGAAUUAUCUAAACAAGUUUCAAAUCAUGAAUCAACUUUACAAAAACAACCAAGAACCUACCAAUUAAAUAAAGAUAUCUUUAAAAUACGACUUGAGAAAAAAUACAAGUCAAAACAAUCUGUUCAAUCUACACAACUGAAUCAAAAAUUAAAAGAUCCUACAUUCUUCCCAUCAGUACCCCAAGCACCUCCAAAUACUUAA